UUUUUUUCUUUUCUUUUUUUUUUUUGAAAAGGGAAGGUGAUCCCCAGUCGAAAUAUGUAUGACACGCAGGCGCGCGCGUCAGACGAGAUGUGGCUCAUCCGUGAAAGCUGAGGGGAGAUCGGUUGAGUGGCUGUUGGCUUUACACUAAAAUGUCAGCGGCAGCUUCUCUGCAGUAAGCACUUUGAGGUUAUGCUGCCUAUAAACUCCUGCUUGAGUCUCAGUGAGAAAGAGAAAGGCUAAAGCCUCUGCAGAUCUAAGUGUUGUUCAGCGUCUCCUGUGCUGCAUCACGUCAACCAUGAGUGACCCCGUGACUUCAGAUGAGCUCACCAGUGCUGUCGCUUCAGUCGUUCAUGACCCCGAGUCAUCAUCCUCAGCUGUCCGAGUGCCACAGAUGGAGGAAGAGGAGGAAGGUGACCUGAACAAAGCAUUAGGUGUUCAACGCUUCCAGCAGAUUCUGAGCCCCACUCCCAGAGUUCCCGGCGAGCAGCACCGCACCUACAAUGAGAAAGAUUUUGAGUAUCACCGUCACUCCUCCCAUCACAUCCAUCAUCCUCUGUCCAAACUCCCGGGAGACGGCAGGAGGAAGAAGAGUGGGAGGAAGAGGAGAAGGAGGGGCAGCAAGGAGCACAGAGUGUGUUCCAGCCCCAGCGGUGCUUUGACCAUCGAGGAGGGUGAAGAUGAGGAGGAGGAUGAAGAGGAAGAAGCUACGGAAGGCCAGAGCGCCACCCCAACUGCCACAACAGACUCUGAGAGAAAAGACAUUGUUCAGUUCUUCGUGUCCGAUGAUGAACCUCAUGUGUCCACUCCCGAGACUUCAGAUCCUCUUCCUGCACGAGGAAUCCUGAUCGUCCCCACGUCUGCGGUGUGUUCGGAGCCCCAGGACAGCACAUCCACUGAAGACCCUGAACCUGCUCCUCCAACCCCUAGCGCCACUGAGCCCAGCUCCCUGCCCCGCGUGUCGAGUCGCAGCUACGACCUUCAGGAGAGACGUCGCACGGGCAACAUGACUGGAACCGAGCAAGCCAAAUACCAGCGGAUCCCCACUGAUGAGUUUGAGGCUCGAACCCUGGCCUCGGCCGACCUGGACGGCAUUAAAAGCCAUCGUUUUGAAGAUGUUCCUGGAGUACGUCGACACCUGGUUAGGAAAAGCACAAAGGGUCAAGUGGUGCACAUCAGCAAAGAUCACAAAGAACCCAGCACACGCACUCGCAAACUGGACCGAACACCACAUGAGGUGUUUGUGGAGCUGAAUGAGUUGAUCAUGGAUAAAAACCAGGAGAUGCAGUGGAGAGAAACGGCCCGCUGGAUCAAGUUUGAAGAGGAUGUGGAGGAGGAAACAGACCGCUGGGGGAAACCACAUGUCGCCUCGCUGUCAUUCCGCAGUCUGCUGGAGCUGAGAAAAACCAUCUCUCAUGGAGCUGUACUUUUGGACUUGGACCAGAAGACACUACCUGGUAUCGCCCAUCAGGUGGUGGAACAGAUGAUCAUCUCAGACCAGAUCAAAGCUGAGGACAGAGCCAAUGUCCUCCGUGCUCUCUUACUCAAGCACAGUCACCCGAGCGAUGAGAAAGAGCACAGCUCCCCCUUCCCCAGAAACAUCUCCGCAGCCAGCCUGGGCUCCCUGAUCACCCAUAACCAGAGCAGCAGUAACCAUCUGUCUGUCCCCGAACCCUCCGUCACAGAGCCACUCAUGGGGUCCUCAAGGUCCAGUCAAGACAGCACACUUCACAUUGACAUAGAGAAGAAUGAGAAAGAUUCAGCUCCACCUAUAGGCAUGCACAAAUCCAAGUCCAAACAUGAACUUAAGCUUUUGGAGAAAAUUCCGGAAAAUGCAGAAGCCACUGUCGUACUUGUUGGCAGUGUCGACUUCCUGGAGCAGCCCACCAUGGCAUUUGUUCGACUGCAGGAAGCUGUAGAACUGGACUCAGUGUUGGAAGUAUCGGUUCCUGUGCGGUUUCUCUUUGUGCUGCUUGGUCCUCCCAGCACCAACAUGGACUACCACCAGAUCGGACGUUCCAUUUCCACACUCAUGUCCGACAAGCAAUUUCAUGAAGCUGCAUAUCUGGCAGACGAUCGUCAGGACCUGCUCAGCGCCAUCAACGGCUUCCUGGACUGCAGUAUCGUGCUCCCUCCGUCAGAACUGGGAGGUGAUGACCUCCUGCGGUCCGUCGCUCACUUCCAAAGAGAGAUGCUCCGCAAGAGAGAGGAGCAGGAGGUGGCCAUGCUGUCCAAAGAGCCCAAGAGCCUUGAAGAUAAAGAGGCCUUGCUGGCGCCCUUCAAACCAGAAGACGACCCUUUACGACGCACAGGCCGUCUGUUUGGUGGACUGAUUCGUGACGCCCAGCGCCGUUACCCAAAGUACAUCAGUGACUUUAAGGAUGCGCUGAACCCCCAGUGCAUGGCUGCUGUCAUUUUUAUCUAUUUUGCCGCUCUUUCUCCCGCCAUCACGUUCGGAGGCCUUCUGGGUGAGAAGACUGAAGGGCUCAUUGGCGUGUCGGAGCUGAUUGUGGCCACGUGUAUUCAGGGUGUGUUGUUUUGUCUGCUCGGGGCCCAGCCGCUUCUGGUGGUGGGCUUUUCUGGACCAAUCCUGGUGUUUGAAGAAGCCUUCUUCUCUUUCUGUAAGGGCAAUAAUAUGGAGUACCUGACAGGUCGCGUUUGGAUCGGUUUUUGGCUCAUCAUCAUCGUGGUGUUGAUGGUGGCCUUUGAGGGCAGCUUCCUGGUUCGAUUUGUCUCACGUUUCACCCAGGAGAUCUUCUCCUUCCUCAUCUCUCUCAUUUUCAUCUACGAGACCUUCUCAAAACUGGUCAAGAUAUUCCAGGAACAUCCUCUGAAACGCUGCUCUGCUAUGGUUGUUGAUGUGGACAACUCGACGUACAACUCAAGCACUUUAAGUCCAUUAGCAGCAAACAGCAGUACGCCAGAGAUGGUGAAGGUGGUCGGUGAACCCAAUACUGCUCUGCUGUCCUUGGUGCUCAUGUCUGGGACCUUCUUCAUCGCCUUCUACCUGCGCAAGUUCAAAAACAGUGCCUUCUUCCCUGGCAGGUUAAGAAGAGUUAUUGGAGAUUUUGGAGUUCCUAUUGCCAUUCUCAUCAUGGUUCUGGUAGACUACAGCAUUAAAGACACAUACUCACAGAAACUAAGUGUCCCCCGAGGAUUUUCAGUGACUAGUCCUGAUAAGCGGGGUUGGAUAGUCAAUCCUCUGGGAAGUGAUGGUCAGUUCCCCAUCUGGAUGAUGUUUGCCAGCAUCCUUCCCGCUCUGCUCGUCUUCAUCCUCAUCUUUAUGGAGACGCAAAUCACCACGUUGAUAGUCAGUAAGAAAGAGCGCAUGCUGGUCAAAGGUUCUGGUUUCCAUCUGGACCUGUUGAUCAUCGUGACUCUCGGCGGCACCAGCGCUCUGUUUGGCCUGCCGUGGAUGGCUGCGGCCACCGUGCGCUCUGUAACCCAUGCCAACGCCCUCACCGUGAUGAGCAAAGCCGUCGCCCCAGGAGACAAACCUCGAAUCCAGGAGGUCAAGGAGCAAAGGGUGACCGGGUUACUGGUGGCGAUACUUGUAGGUCUCUCAAUAGUAAUCGGUGAUCUGCUCCGUCAAAUCCCAAUCGCUGUGCUGUUUGGCAUCUUCCUGUACAUGGGUGUGAUGUCACUGAAUGGUAUCCAGCUGACAGAACGGAUCCUGCUCCUGCUGAUGCCCCCAAAAUACCACCCCGACCACACCUACGUGCGCAAGGUGCGGACCCUGCGUAUGCAUCUGUUCACAGCGAUACAGGUGGUCUGUCUGGCUGUCCUCUGGGCGGUCAUGUCCACCGUGGCGUCGCUGGCUUUCCCGUUCGUUCUCAUCAUGACCGUCCCUGUCAAGAUGUUUCUUCUGUCACGCAUCUUUAGCGCUCGUGAAAUGCAGUGUUUGGACGCUGAUGAUGCAGAGCCCACUUUUGAUGAGAAGGAGGGACAGGACGAAUACACAGAGAUGCACAUGCCAGUCUGAGCCACGACCACAGCUGUCCAUUUCUCACCUGUCUUCCUGUCAGUCAGGCUAUUGGCCAAUAGGACAGUUGCUUUUCAAACUUUGACAAACCAAAUCGUGGUGAGAAUAUUAUGUGGACCUGAUCUCCACCUGACAUUUUCCAGAGACUAAUUUCACUUGUAUUAGAAGGUUUGAGCUGCUAUCACACCGUUUAGCCUUUACAAAGCGUAUUUGUCGCCUAUGAGGAAAACGAAUGUACCGUAUGGGGUUAACUGGACAUUCCCAGCACCAUUCAGGGCCCAUGCAAUAUUUUAUGUCGUUUUUAGUGUAUAUUCAUGAUCAAGAAAGAUUGCCAAGGCCCAUUUCAUCUUAUACCAUAUGUACGUCUUUUAAUUUUUUUUAAUUGUGUGGCAGCACAAUCACACAAUCGACAGUAUUUUUUUUUUCCUUCGUUACCGUCCAAUCACAACUUUUUUUUUUUUCAUUUCUAAACAGUUGUUUUCUCUUUUAUAAUGCAUGAAAGUCACAAAACAAAACAAAACUCUAGAUGUGCAGUUGUAGUAUAUAUUAUAUUGACUGUUACAUGGAGCAAAUGACUCAUUCAGAGCAAGUGAACUCUGUUUUAGAGGAUGAAUUUGGUGGCAAGUGAUCUUGAGGGGUUUUCAGAUGAGUCCCAGAUAGAUUCACUAGUGACCUAGUUUCUUAAAACCCAGUUUAAGAAAAAGAAGAGGAGCGUCCCUAAAGAUGAUCCAAAAAAUGUAGUGUUUAAGGUUCUGAUUCAGUUCAUUAUGGUUUGUAAGAACUAAACAAAUUGACCAAAGGUGUGUAUCCCAAAGCCAAACAUGGUCGCAAGUUCCAUCACCAACACAAUUCAACGGAACUUGCGACCAUAUUUGGCUAAUGAUGCUUUUGGGAAAUAUACACUUGAUAAACUGUAAUUUUCCACCACAUUUUUAAAGUCUUUCCACAUACAAUGUUGAAUUAACACUAAAACAGAAGCCUGUUCUCUUGAACACCAGUUCUCAGCAUAUACACAGUAUAGAUUUUGAUUUACUUAAUAAUUAUUUAUGCAUUUAACACGGGAACCGUAUUAUUUAUUCAGUUCCUCAGUUCAUGAGGGAUUUUGCCAUAGAAUUCCUGAAUAAUAUCACUACUUUUUCCUCAUCUCAUCAUUCACUAAUAUUCCAUUGCUUCACUUUUUGGAUCCCUAUAGUCAGUUAGAUGGUGAAUCUGCACUAAUAAGAUUCGACUGCUGCACGUACACUUUCACUUUUUUGUACGCACAAACCAUCGGGAAUUAAAUUAACACAUUUAAUUAUUUGGUUACGGUUAAAUAAUUGAGUUAAGCAUAUGUUAUGUUUGUUAUUUUAGCAGCAUUACACAUUUGUUUGAAACGUUCUGGCCUUUUUUUAAUCUCCGGAUUUGAUCACACCAUUGUGCUUUAAACAAGCUACAAAACAAGUGCUUUAGCUCAUUUGAGCGAUAUUUACAUUCCAGAUUGUGAUUCCAGAAUCAGAUGUAUGUUAGGAUCUAUUAAUUAUAGGAAUUUAUUAUGUUAGUUUUAUAUUGCAUUAGCUUAUGUAAUGACAUACGGAGAGUCAACUCGAAAAUGAAAUUGUGUAGAGGUUAUUUUUAUUCGACUAGGAAUUGGUUAGACGCUUUGUCAUGUGAUUGAUUUGAGAAUAUUUUUAUAAAAUGUUGUCUCUGUCGUCGUUUAGUAAAUCAGGACCUUCAGCUUGUUGUACUUUGUCACCAUUGUUGAUCUUUGACAUUCCCUCUGCCCGUGUUCAGCGACUGGUUCCACGUUUGCGUCUAGACACGUUUUAGGCCUGCAGAACUCUGGGAAAUCAGACAGUAGAGCAGCACUUUGAGGUUGUGUGUGAAUGUGCUGCUACUGGAUCUGUACUGUGUGGAUUCUCAGCAGCACUUGUUUGUAGAUGGUAUUUAUUAUGGAUGUUCAUGAAGGUUAAUGCUGGAACACUGUGGUCAUUUUAAAGUCGGGUGAUAUUUGUUACAAAAGUAUGGCAAAGGGAAGUGAGGAUCAUUUACCAUCUGUGGACAUCUUUUUAAUGCAUUUUUGUUUUUAUUGGAUAUUUGAUUUUUAAAUGUUCCAUUGUACAUAAUGCAAUAUUUACAGUAAAUUCCAAAUAUUGCAAAUAAAGUUGAUUUUUCUAUUUAAA